AUUUAUAUCAGAUUAUUCAAUAUGAAGGUCCUCCAAUGUGUUCUGCUUGGCUUGAUGUCGGCUGGUAUUGCCACCGCUCAGCCGGUCAAGCGAGAGGCUGAGGUUGAUAUUGAGAGCUAUCCUUAUGACUUUGGCUUCCUCCCCGAGGAGAAGACAAAGCGUGAGGUCGACAUUGAAUCCUAUCCUUACGAUUUCGGAUUCCUCCCUGAAGACAAGAAGCGCUCUGAGAAGCGCGAGGUGGACAUUGAAUCAUAUCCCUAUGAUUUUGGGUUCCUCCCCGAAGAAAAGAAACGCUCGGAAAAGCGUGAGGUGGAUAUUGAAUCGUAUCCUUAUGAUUUUGGGUUCCUUCCUGAGGACAAGAAGCGCUCCGAGAAGCGCGAGGUGGACAUUGAGUCUUACCCUUAUGACUUUGGCUUCUUGCCCGAGGAUAAAUAACGAAUAUAAGUUAUAUGUGACAUGAUCAUCUAGAACUAGUUUCUCUAUACCAAGGCAGUAUUUUAUUCGGUU